UUGUUUCAGGUUUUAAUUGCCUGCGCAGUGUGUAUAUCGGUGGCAGAAGAGCAUCAAAUACAUCAUUCACAUACAGGAGAAGAAAAAAAUAGCCACGAUAAUAAAGGUGGAAAAGCAACAGAACAAAAGCACGAAGUUUCGAGUGGCAAAAGCAGUAAGCAUGAUGAAGAAUCUUCCAAAAAGGGACAGGAUUUCAAAGAUGUACAUAAAACCAAUCACUUAGAGAAAAAGGGAAAGAAAACUUCUCACCAUCUUGAAGAUACACACAAAUCAUCAAAACAUGCCGCUGGAGGAUCACAUCACGGAUUAAAAUAUGCUGAUGGCAAGAAAUACAAAAAAGGAAAUUAUUUAAAGGGUUUUCGUGAAAAAUUCCAUAAAGAUGAAGAAAAAAAGCAUGAUAGUUUUUUCAGCAAAGGGGAGAAGAGCGGACAAUAUGAAGUUUAUGGAAAGAAAAAAUCAAAAUACGCCUCUGACAGUUACAGUAAAAAAAAUAAGAAAAAUCAUAAGAACGCUGUUUCUGGAAAAUCCUCUGGUAAGGCCUACAAGUCAGGAAAAGGACACCACGACUCUGAUCACAAAGCCCAUCAAGCACAAGGGGGCAGUGAAAGCCAUCUCAAGAGUUCCGAAAAACAUGGAAAGAAACACGCUUCCCAUGGUGGUAAAAAAUACAAAAAUUGGGAAUUUCUUUAUAACAACGAAACUUACGAAGAUGAUCAAAUACUACAUUUUAGACAAGGCACUAAUUUUUACGGAAAAAUAAAAACAAAUACUGACAAUUAUAAUGAAAAUUCUGUUAACAAGAUACAAAUUGAAGAAGACUUAAGUAAAGUUUUUAACAAUUCUCAUAUAUCGGAAUCAAGAUAUCAAGAUUACACUGGCAAAAAACGAAGCGUAAAAAGAGAAGCUGAAGUUUUAAAUAAUAUAAUUGACAACAUUGAUAACAGCUCCAAAUCGUUUACGAAACCAGAUAAUUUCACAAAUCAGAAAAAUAAUAAAACACAGUUUACAGAUGGUAUAAUCCGUAUAACCAUAAAUAAAGAUAAUGGCGUUACAUAUGACAAGCACAUAACAAUCAGUAACAAAAUACAUAAUUCGUACAAGAAACAUGAUUACAAAUACCACAAGAAACAAGUAGGACAAAUCCAAAGCAAAUUUCAGCCAAAAAAUGAAACUAAAAGUAACGAAGAAUCUUCUUUUCAAAUAAUACGAUUAAAACCAUUGCGAAGCAAAUAUGGAAGAAAAAAUAGAACGAACAUUAAAAGACAAAAAUGGAAAAACGGACAUCAAAUUAAAUUAAAUGAAAAUCACUUUAAUUAUGAAACUGUAGGAAAUAAUAGAAGUGAAUUAAAAAACAAUACAAAUAACUUUAAUAAUACUUUGUUACCAAAAGAAGAAGAAAGUGACAAUCGCACCAAUAAUACAGCAGUAACUGACAAUUUUUUUAAUAGUUUGCUAGCAGAUCCUCAAAACGAUAAGCAUAAUCGAAUACAUUCCAAUAACACAGCACUAGUGCGCCAAAGUAAAGCUGACGCAAACAAUAAGAAACAUAUUGUUGAGAAUUAUAAUACAAUUAUAGUACAUAGAGAUAAUAGCAAAGCACAAGAAAGUCAAGAAGAAAGUAAAUGUCCUCAAACCUGUAUUUGUAAUAAAACUACGGAAAUUAUUCAGGACAACCCUAUACUUCAACAAAAUAAUUCUAAAGUGCAACCAAGGCAAGGCAAAACCAGUUUAACUAAAACUAAGACUUCCCGACCUAGAAAACAAUCUACAAAACCAACUCAUGAAAUGCGUUAUUGGUUAGUCCCUCUCGGAUAA